ACUGUCAGGAGCAACAAUAGACGCCGGUUUCAGCAAAUCUGCAAAGACCCCAAAUUCAUCACUGGAGGAGCAACCAGGACAGACAUCUGUCAAGGACAGCUGGGAGACUGUUGGUUGUUGGCAGCGAUCGCCUCUCUCACUCUCCAUGAAGAAACACUGAAGAGGGUGGUACCACAUGACCAGAGCUUUGACCACGGCUACGCUGGCAUCUUCCACUUUCAGUUCUGGCAGCACAACAAAUGGCUGGAUGUGGUGGUGGACGACAGACUCCCAUGUGUGAGGAACAACCUUGUCUUCCUCCAUUCUGCUGACAACACUGAGUUCUGGAGUGCUCUUCUGGAGAAGGCCUAUGCCAAGCUGAACGGCAGUUAUGUGGCCCUCAAAGGUGGAAGCACCAUGGAGGCCAUGGAGGACUUCACUGGGGGUGUGGGGGAGAUGCACGAGACCAAGAGCGCUCCAAGCAACCUCUUCAACAUCCUGAAGAAAGCCAUAGACAGAGGAUCCAUGCUCGGCUGCUCCAUAGAUAUCACAAGUUCUGCUGAAUCCGAGGCACAAACCACCACAGGUCUGGUUAAAGGCCACGCCUACUCCAUCACUGGAGUGGAGGAGGUGAACUACAGAGGAGCAAAGGUCCAGCUGAUUCGUGUCAGGAACCCCUGGGGCCAGGUGGAGUGGAACGGCCCCUGGAGCGACAACUCUAGAGAGUGGAGCGUGAUUGACAAGGCGGAGAAAACCCGACUGCUGCAAAACUCCCUGGAUGAUGGAGAGUUCUGGAUGGAGUUUGGAUCUGUAACCUGACUCCAGACUCUCUGACAGAUGACACAAAAAUGAAAUGGGAAGUGAACAUGUUUGAGGGCAACUGGAUCAGGGGCUCCACCGCUGGCGGCUGCAGGAACUUCAUCGACACGUUCUGGACAAACCCUCAGUUUAAGCUUCGUCUGGAGGACCCUGAUGAUGGAGACAAUAAGUGCAGCGUCAUCGUUGCUCUGAUGCAAAAGAACCGCCGUCAACUGAGGAAAGAGGGGCUUGACAUGGAGAC